CCGACAUUGCGACUACCGACUCUGUUAUUACACCAGGCUUCACUCACUCGAAAACCAAACUCAGUACGACACUUGGCUCACGGACUUUCUUUCUACCGCUGCAUAUUGAUACAAGCGAGGCAUGCCGUUCCCAGGCCGCUCUGCCCUAUGCCCUACCGACUUACUUCUUCUUUUGACAUCAUAGAAUCAACCACAACACAAACGUAUGUAUAGUCGACGAUCAAAAGAGAAGCAGGGGUCAGUAUGAAUCCGACACGCAUAUGGAGUAUUCCUACAUAUGCAUUUUUCAGUAUCCGAAAAAGGGAUAGCGUAGGCGAGGGAGUGCUUGCAUCUUUCAGCCAACCUUGGAACAUAUGGCUGAACGUCUCGAACGAGUUCAAACAGUCGAUGAUGUCGCUGGGCAAGCACAAUCUCAUAUCUACCAAAUUCUGGAUGUUCCGUGGACACCGACACCGUCGUCAAGCAGUCAUCUGUCCCGCAAAGUGCACGCGAGCAGGCUGUUUCAUGAGGCGCUCGCGUCGUGACUCCAGCCCUGAAACACUGACCUUUUGGCAGUGCGGACACUGGUCAGCCAGUCCUUUCGUAUUCUUAUUAAUACCAGUACUGUGUACUACCUGGACUGCUGCAGUAUGGACGACAUCGAGCGCCAUGCCUAAAGCAGUGGUUAGCAGCAUCGCAGCCCAGGUGUGGCUGUGGCUGCCCCUCCUUCGAGCCGCCGCAACUCCACGAAUAAUGGGAAGUACUGUGUACUAUGGGAGUGCGUAUGGAGUAGUCGAGCGGCAAUCCCGUACGGUUCAUGUUCCAUCUAUGACCUUCUCGCGAACGCGGCCGUACAGGCGUACACAGUACUGUGUUGCGGUCAACCAUAACAUACCCCGACCCCUUGUUCUUUGAAGCGGGCAGCUGGCCCAUCUGCUCACGAUGUAUCGCCCAUCACUUGGUGCCUCUCAGCCCCGGCGCUGCCUGAUGACUAUUCGCCCGUGUCCCAUCCGUUGCGGCCCCCAAAUCUGCCCGUAACUUUCUUACUCACCUUGCCCUCUGCCAGCCUUCUUUUCUUCCUGCUUCCAACGACUUCGUCGUCACAUCUGUC